AUGGAUCUGAAUUUUGCUAAUCCUUUUAAGGGGAAUGAUGAUACUGUCUAUGAACAAGACAUUCUGCGCGACCCGCACAGCAUUACGCCCUGGCUGUCUUAUAUUGAAUUCAAGCACCAGCAAGGCAAUUCCUAUGAACAAGCCUUUGUCAUGGAACGGGCUUGCAGGCAACUGCCCAGGUCAUAUAAAUUGUGGAAAAUGUAUCUUGAAUUCCGUAUGAAGCACCUCAGAGGUCGGAAUCCAUCGAUUCAUCGAGCGGAAUAUCUCAAAGUCAAUGGCCUAUUCGAACGCGCUGUCAUCCUCCUCAAUAAGAUGCCGCGAAUAUGGGAGAUGUUUCUCACAUUUCUACUUCAGCAGCCAAUGAUCACACACACCCGCCGGACUUUCGAUAGGGCACUACGCGCGCUACCAGUUACUCAGCAUAAUCGGAUUUGGAAGCUUUACAAGGCCUUCGCUUACUCAGCGUCUGGAGACACUGCGAUAAAAAUCUGGCGUAGGUACAUGCAAGUCCAUCCCGAGAACGCCGAAGAAUAUAUCGAUAUCUUGGUUGAGAUGGGUAAAUACACCGAAGCCGUGAAGAAGUACAUGGAAAUUCUAGAUAAUCCUAUAUUUCAGUCGAAGAACGGGAAAAGCCAGUUUCAAUUGUGGACUGAUAUGGCUGAGCUACUUGUCAACAAAGCAAAGGAUAUUGAAGUCGGCCCUGAGAUUGGUAUUGAUGUCGAUUUGAUCAUUCGCAGUGGAAUCGAUAGAUUCGCUGACCAGAGGGGAAAGCUAUGGGCUGGCUUGGCUACCUAUUGGAUUACCCGCGGAAAUUUCGAAAAGGCGAGAGAUAUUUUCGAGGAAGGGAUCACAACCGUUAUGACUGUUCGGGAUUUUACUCUGGUAUUCGAUGCCUAUGUGGAAUUUGAAGAAUCUAUCAUAGGACAUCUGAUGGAGGAGGCAGCUUUACGAUCUGACCAGGGAAAAGUUGAUGAGGCCGCCGAUUUCGAUCUAGACCUUCGAAUGCUGAGAUUUGAACAACUCAUGGAUCGCCGACCUUUCCUCGUCAACGAUGUGCUUCUCAGACAGAAUCCCAACAAUGUGAUCGAAUGGAGUAAACGUGUAGCGCUGUGGGGUGAUAAUAAAGCCGAAAUUGUUCAAACAUACACGAAGGCCAUUGCAACUAUCCAUCCUAAGAAAGCCCAUGGCAAGUUCCACGAGCUUUGGGUUAACUAUGCGAAAUUUUAUGAACAGGGUGGAGAUCUCGAUACAGCUAGGGUAAUUAUGGACAAGGCCGUCAAGGUGCCUUUCAAAACGGUGGCCGAACUGGCUGAAACAUGGUGCGAGUGGGCUGAGAUGGAAUUGCGCAGCGAAAACUUUGACAGAGCCGUGGACAUCAUGGCAAAAGCGACACAGGCUCCAAAGCGAUCUACGGUAGACUACUUUGAUGAAACUCUCUCACCCCAACAACGGAUCCACAAGAGCUGGAAGUUGUGGAGUUUUUAUGUCGACCUUGUCGAAAGCGUUGGGACUCUCGAAGAAACGAAGAAAGUGUAUGAACGUAUUUUCGAACUGCGAAUUGCAACACCACAAACGGUCGUUAAUUAUGCGAACCUCUUGGAAGAAAAUAAUUACUUCGAGGAGUCUUUUAAAAUUUACGAGCGGGGCCUUGACCUCUUCAGCUACCCCGUUGCCUUCGAAUUGUGGAAUCUAUAUUUAACCAAGGCUGUGGAUCGCAAAAUCUCAAUCGAACGAUUACGAGACUUGUUCGAACAAGCCGUUGACGGAUGCCCACCCCAGUUUGCGAAGCCUCUCUACUUGAUGUAUGGCAAUCUAGAAGAAGAAAGAGGGCUUGCUCGACACGCCAUGAGAAUAUACGAACGCGCAACUCGUGCGGUCGCUGACUCCGACAGAUUUGAAAUGUUCAACUUCUACAUCACGAAAUCGGCCUCCAACUUCGGAUUGACAUCAACGCGCCCUAUCUACGAGCGCGCCAUCACAGCGUUGCCGGACAACGAGGCAAAGGAAAUGUGCCUCAAAUUUGCUGAGAUGGAGCGUCGUCUGGGUGAGAUUGAUAGAGCUCGUGCCAUUUACGGCCAUGCAUCUCAGUUCUGUGAUCCGCGUACCAAUGCCGGGUUCUGGCAAAAAUGGGAGGCGUUCGAAGUUCAGCAUGGCAACGAAGAUACAUUUAAGGAAAUGUUGCGCAUCAAACGAAGUGUCCAGGCCCAGUACAAUACCGACGUCAACUUCAUUGCUUCACAAGCCAUUGCUCGUAGCAAGCAACUUGUCAAAGACGCUGCGGGGGCUGAAGAGGAGGGCCAAGACCGUGCUGAUGCGAUGGCAGCGUUGGAAAGACAAGCUCGAGCACCCAUGGGUUUUGUUCCCGCAAGCACCGGACCGGAAGGAGGAAACAGGCCAUUGCCUACUAAUGGUAACAAACAACAAGAACAACAGCAGCAAGUUCCUGCAAACCCUGAUGCUAUUGAUCUCGAUGAAGACAUGAAUGGAGAAGGUUAA